GGGUCUGCUGCUGAGUCCCUGAGUCCUCCCCAGAGCCCUCAGAGUGCCUGCCCCUCCCCCACUGCCCAGGCAGCCACGGCCUGGAGCCAGCCUGACCAGGGCUCCAGCAACCUCGAUGAGGAGGGGUCGAGCACCUGGGAGGAGCCGGAAGUCACCCAACCCUCUCUCCAGGACAAACUCCACGUGAAAGUGGCUGACCUGGUAGUGUUCCUGCUCCUCAAAUACCGCAACAAGCAGCCGACCCACCAGGCAGAGAUGCUGGAGAUCAUCAGCAAAGAUUACCAGGACGACUUCCCAGUGAUCUUGGGCCAAGCCUCCGAGUGCAUGAGGCUGGUCUUUGGCGUGGACGUGAAGGAAGUGGACCCCAGCGACCACUCCUACAUCCUGGUCACCGUCCUGGGUCUCACCUGUGAUGGGAUGCUGAGCGGUGAGCAUGGCAUGCCCAAGACCAGCCUCCUGGUGCUGCUACUGGGGGUGAUCCUCCUGGAGGACGACUGUGCCCCUGAGGGGGAGGUGUGGGAAGCGCUGGGGGUCAUGGGGGUGUAUGCUGGCAAGGAGCACAUCAUCUAUGGGGAACCCAGGGACCUCCUCACCAAAGUCUGGGUGCAGGAAGGGUACGUGGAGUACCGGCAGGUGCCCGGCAGCGACCCUGCCCGCUACGAGUUCCUGUGGGGUCCCAGGGCCCACGCCGAGACCAGCAAGUUGCAAGUGCUGGAGUAUUUGCUCCGGGUCAAUCACAGGCAGCCCGGUUCCUCCCUGAUCCUGUCUGAAGGAGCUGUGAGCGAUGAGGAAGAGGGGGCCUGAGUCCCAGUGGCAGCCAGGCCCUUUCCAGGCUUUGGUAGGGUCAGCAGCUUCUCCUGCGGGGUGCUGGGCAUGAAGUGAGGCCACAUUUUGGUUCUUCCCUGUGUGUGUGAAGAGAGAGCCCCGGGAGUUCUAAGUAGGGCAGGGCCAGGGAAGGUUGGGAGAAGAAAGCAGGGUGAAGAGCCAGCCUCUCUGGGGGCCUGUUCUCUGCGAUGACUCCGACAUCCAGAGCUUGGUUUUCUUGAGGAAGCUCUCAAAUGUUGUUCCUUGGAAUAGAAGGUUUAACAGCUUCGGCAGCUAAGUGUGUGCAUGACAUCCACCCCACAGCAUUUGUACUUACCCAGUUCAAGAGUUUUAAGAGUUUUGUCAUGUUCUGAAAAUAAGGUGGGAGAUCUUCCCUCCUUGUUUGGGUUCUGGAAUGAAAUCACAGGGCAUUGGCAUAGGAAUUUGUUGGAAAGGCAAAAGAAUGGAGCAGUCAAGU